AUGUCAGGCUACGAGGUCGAACACAACAUCAAAGAGGAGAAAAAGAACGAGGCACCGCCCCGCCGCCCUGAUCUUUCGACCUUCUUCACCACUCUCGAUCUCGUCGACACCAGUGGAGACCGUCACCCUCAAAACACACACUCUCUACCUCUUCCCGGCGACGUCUCAGCAGCCUUUCGCAGUCUCGCAAAUGCCUUCUCUAUGAUGCAGGGCGGUGGCCAUGGUCAAUCGCAAGAGAACACAGAUCAACUACUAGCUCGCAUGGUUGAAGAGUUGAUGCAAGAGUCUGAGAACCCUCCGAAGGAGGUCAAGGGUGUCUCUGAUGAGUUCCUCGCCCAGCUGGACAGAGUGCCAAAGACGAGCUUGAAGGACAAGGACUGCCCCAUUUGCGGCAAUCCCUUCCUCGAUGAUCACCUCUUCGACCUCGAAUGUAUCACCCCCUGGCUCAAGUUAAAUCCCACCUGCCCCCUCGACAGAAAAGAGUUGGUCAAGAAGAGAGCUCCCACACCACCACCAGAUGAGGAAGACGGAGAAUAUGAUGACAUGUAUGCAUGA